AAUGCAAUCAGCACCAGUGCUGGUGGUGUAUUCGCAGAGCGCACACAACACGAUUGUCAAGAAUUUCUGUCCAUUCUACUCGAUUUAUUGCACGAAGACUUGAAUCGUGUUAGCAAUAAGCCGUACGUUCAAUUAACAGACAGCAAUGGAAGACCAGAUGCGAUUGUUGCUAAAGAAGCGUGGAAUGCACACAUUCAACGAGAACAAAGUGUAAUUGUGGAUUUAUUCACGGGUCAACUUCGUUCAUUGCUAACUUGUACAGUUUGUGAGACUCUCUCGAGCAGGUUCCCUAACUCGAUAUCGUUUUUGUUUUGA